CUCUCCCCGCCCAGUCCCGGGGCCCGUGCCGGGAGCUGUCACUCUCCAAAGAAGGAAUCGCUCACUGGCAACUUCUACCAAGCUGAGGACCAGGGUAGCAAGCCAGGCCGGGCCGGGACCACACGCCUCCUCUCCUGCGGCCAGAGUCGGGGCAGUCCCUGAGUCCACGCCCCUGGCUUCGCGCGCGGAGCCGGAGCGGGCGCCGGAGCCGCAGCUGCCCUAUGGAGACGCUGGGGAGCAACAGCAGUUGUGCGAACGGCUCCCUGAUCACCUUGUAUUGUUACUCCCAGCAAGUCCUUUGCCAGAUUGUCAGUGACUUUGAACCUGACAGCUCAAACAACAUCACACUGAGCAGUUGGCAAAAGAGGGCCACCAAGAACUAUGGCUUCUUCAUUGGAGUGGGCCUGGCUAUACUCUCCAGCUUCCUCAUUGGCAGCAGCGUCAUCCUUAAGAAGAAGGGCCUCGUUCGGCUGGUAGACAAGGGCGCCACUCGAGCUGUGGAUGGAGGCUUCGGCUACCUCUUGGAUAAAAUGUGGUGGGCUGGAUUUCUCACCAUGGCUCUAGGUGAAGCUGCCAACUUUGGGGCCUACAUAUUUGCUCCUGCGACGGUGGUCACUCCACUGGGAGCCCUGAGCGUGCUUAUAAGUGCGAUAUUAUCAUCUUACUUUCUGGGAGAGCGACUGAACUUGUUAGGCAAGUUGGGCUGCAUGAUUGCCAUAGCAGGCAGUUCGGUGAUGGUGAUCCAUGCCCCUGAAGAAGAGAAAGUCAACUCAAUAAAUGAAAUGGCUUCAAAGCUGAAGGACACAGGCUUCAUUGUGUUCGCUGUGCUCCUACUGGUAAGCUCUCUCAUCCUCAUCUUCAUCAUUGCCCCUCGCUAUGGGCAGAAGAACAUCCUUGUUUAUAUCAUCAUCUGUUCUGUGAUGGGAUCCUACUCCGUGUGUGCUGUCAAAGGCAUGGGGAUUGCCAUCAAGGGCUUCUUCAAGGGACAGCCAGUUCUCCGGCACCCUCUUACAUAUUGCCUUGGACUGAUCCUGGCAACUUCAAUCCCCAUACAGGUCAACUUCCUCAACAGGGCUCUGGAUAUCUACAACACCUCUUUAGUGUUCCCAAUUUACUAUGUGACCUUUACGAGUACGGUCAUCACCUCCUCUAUCAUCCUCUUCAAAGAGUGGAACAGCAUGUCAGUGGUGGACAUCCUGGGCACAAUCUCGGGUUUCAUUACGAUUAUCCUAGGGGUAUUCUUGCUCUACGCUUUUAAGGACCUCGAUAUUACCUGGGAAAGCCUUCCCCAUACCCACAAAAACCCAAUUCCACCUCCCACCCCUGAGCCCACAAUCAUCAAGCUGGAAGACAAAAAUGUCCUUGUGGACAAUAUAGAAUUGCCGCCCCCCUCACCUGAGGAGAAACCCAAAGUCUUCACAAUCCACACCUAAAGCUUUUACUAGAUGAGAGGAUACAUUCUAUUAGCCCAUCUAACCCCAGAACAAUCUAGUGAUUCCAAAUAUCAUGUCAAGAGACAAGAUGCUCUUUUCCUAACAGUGUGGCUUCAUACCUCAUUAAUAUUUCCAGGAGAAAAGAAUUUCCAGUUAUAUAGGACCUGAUCAGCUCCUGACUUCCUGGAAGCACAGUUGGCCAUACUGCAUGGUUUGUAUUGGUGCACUAUCUCUCCCUCCUUUCCUCCUGGUCCCUGAGGCCUCUAGAAAGACUUUUUUUUUUACCCUCUACCCUCCAUGCCAGUGGAGGUUGCCUAUGCUGGUAGGCGGAGAAGAGAACUUGACCCUUUGAAUGUAUUAGAGUCCAGCUGUUUCUGUGGGGUGAGCAAAACCAAGAGGUCCUCAGUUCUGACCUUCAUCAUGAGGAUAUAUGAGCUACACCAUUCCUCACCCCAAGGCAGAGGCCUGCUGAAUCUAAGUGGGAGAAGGAAGGAUUCCCUGCCCAAAGCUUAUAUGGAAAGAAUCUGGCCAAUGUUUAUUCAAGCCAUCCUCAGAUCCUCACUUCUCCCUUCACACCAACCCAAGGGAGAUGGACCUCUGCUUGACUUUGUUCUGCUAAAGUCACCUUGUGACUCAGGGAAAAGGCUGGAGCAAAAGAAACUUUUUUAAAAAAGAAAGAAACAAAAUGAAAAAAAAGAAAAAAGAAAGAAAAUCUAGGAGCCAAACUAAUUCUCUGGAUUUAUAACUCAGUGGUGGACCUCUGCUAUCUGUCUCUCUUUUGGCAUGCUGGGGUACCAGUCACCAGGGAGGUCACACAAUGACCUCAAGAUUCAAACAAAAGACUCGUCACUACCAAAUUCUGGAUUAACUGGCAUGCUUGCUCUCUCUUGUAUUUCAUCUUCUUGUCUUGGAAGGAGAAUGGCAGCUGUUCCAUAACUGCUUUGCUCUUUAAAAAAGUCUUGGUUUCUGAGUGGGAAUCUGGCAAAGUGUGCCAGUUCCUGUUCCUCCUUAAGAAAUAAACAAGAUGUGGUAUUUUGGAGAUGUGGAGAGAAGGGAACCAGCAUGGGAGGUGAGGGUUAGAGGGAAGCAAUCCCAGCUCCACUGAAGCCAGAAGAUUUAUGCUCUUUGUUUAUUCUGGGCUCUAACCAAGCACUUUGGACUGAAGGACUCCCACAUCCGUCCUUCGCUAUUGCCUCAGUGACCUGGCUCCCUGGUUAGUAAGUGUGCCUUAAAUCUGGGUGACCUUGUGGGCACACAGGCGACGAGCUUGGCAAGGGGCACCCAAUCCCUGAUACUGGCUGCUGCUUCCUUUCCUCUGGGGCUUGCCCAGGGGCCAAUCCCUGUCAAUGAGCCGCCUACAAAGGCAGCCACCCAAGUAUAAUGGGCCAGCUCCAACAGCUGCGACUGCCUCAUGUUCCAUCAUUACCCACUCCCUUCCCCCAGCCCAACUGAGUGCUAGCUCAUCAGAGCAGCUGCCAGCACCAGGAUCCUGGCUGAGCUGCAGUGCCAGGGACCUUCAGAUGAAUGGUUGGGCUCAGGGGGGAUGGAUGCUUCUUUCCCUGCUUGUCCUCCUUUCUUCUGUCUCUGCUCUAAGAGUAGAGAAGCUGGGGCAGAAAUCUAUAGAGGAAAUACAUGGUGUCUGGGUCAAAAAAAUUAGAAAGUGGAAUAAGUCCUUCUUAAUAGUCAUGAUCUGAGGGUAUGGACAUUGCCCCCCAGUCACCCAGGCAUGUAUGCUCAUACACCCAAGCCCCAAGCAGAGGGAAGCCAUUUCUCAGAGAUUUGCUGGUCCCUGUGGGAAGUUUUAGUCAUGACUCUAGAGCCCGAAUUUCCCCAUUUCUGAUGAAUGUGAAUUUCUGUCAAGGUCUAAAUCAAAGCUACGUGUUUACUUAUUGUUAGAACCUAUUAUCCUGAGAUUAAAAGUGUACCUGUGGGAGCAGAGGACCAAGUUUCAUACAUGUGAUUAACUGGGCCUUUAGGUGUCUUAGAAGUAAGGGAUCUCAAUUAACUGUCUCUGGUCUAUGUCUCCAUCCAUCACUGGGUAUCUCAAGGUUUCCCCUGAUAUGCCAAACUGGCUAUUUUUGCUCAUAGGGAGGGAGAAGGAAGCUUCCUUUAAGCAAGGUUCAGUUGAUCACAAUAUUGAGGAGUAAGCAUGGUAUCCUGGCACCCCUGGCACUCUGACCCUAGCAAUUUCUUAUGUAAAAUCAGGAUAAUAAUGGCACCUACCUCCGUGUUGUUUGCAAGACUUAAAUGAGAUAAUAUGUAGAAAAUAUUUUGCGAACCCUAAAGUGCUUUAUAAAUAUCAGCAGCUCUUAUUAUUACUACCUUGGGAUAUCAUUUGGAGACAUUCAUCAAUUCUCAUUUUCUUAUUUUAAACCAGCCUUAGGCCAUCUACAGCAGCGGUUCUCAACCUCUCAGUUUGUAGCAAUGAGAAUACAUAAUGCAUAUCAGGUAUUUACAUUCCCAAUCAUAACUGUAGCAAAGUUACAGUUUUGAAGUAGCCACCAAAAUCAUUUUUUGGUUUGGGGUCACCGCAACAUGAGGAAUUGUACUGAGGGGUCACGGCAUUAGAAAGGUCGAGAAACACUGCUCGAGAGUAUAGCUCUUUACUGUGGCCUGUUUAAGAGUAGACCCAGUCCAAGACCUAUUGUACUAAAUGGGGACAAUUCUAACACAGAUUUCAUUAAGUGGUGGCCUGAGGGCAGCUAAGUGGUACUGCAGAUAAAGUACCAGGUCCAGAGUCAGGAAGACUCAUCUUCUGAGUUCAAAUUUGGCCUGAGAUAUCAACUAGCUGUGUGACCUUAGGCAAGUCACUUAAUCCUGUUUGCCUCAGUUUCCUCAUCUAUAAAAUGAGCUGGAGAAGGAAAUGGCAAACCACUCCAAUAUCUUGGCCCAAAGAUGCCCCAAGUGAGGUCAGAAAGAGUCAGAUAUAGGCUGAAAAAUGGUUCAAUAACAGACAACCUGUCAUGGGGGAAAAAACAUUUGGUAGGAAUUUAAAUCCUGAUUUCUAAUCCCAACUGUGCCACCUAAUUUGCUAUAUGACCUUAAAUAUUUCUCUUCUCUUUUCUGGGCCUCAUUGUCCCCAAAUAAAGUGAGGGUACUAGACUAAAUUGGUGGCUCUCCAAUGUUUUGGUCCCAAGGUCCUUUUGUAUUCUUUAAAAUUAUUCAAGAUUCCACAAAGAUUUUUUGUUUGGGUGGGUUAUUUCUAUCAACAUUUACCACAAAUGACAUCAUUAAGAAGAUAAUUUUGACUUCCUAGACUCCCUAAAAGGGUCUCGGGAACCCCUGGGGGGUCUUUGGACCCUAUUUGGAGAAAUGCUGCGCCAGUAGCCCAUGGUCUUUGUCCCUUUGCUUCUCUACGUUUAAGCAGGUUACCUUUCCAAGUUAAGAUCGGGCCUUGGCUCAGGGGUUUCACUGGUAUUCUACUAUUCUCAGUCUCACAAAGAAAUAUGUAAACAACUGAACUAGUUCUAGACUGUAUAGAAAAACAGCCCCCUCUACUGGAGACGUGGGAGGCCAGGCUUUCUUCCUCAUGAACUGGAACAUUUGUGUUCUACUUUGAUGGCCUGUAAGUGGCGCAGAUAUAAGCUUUUAAAUGCUGCAGGGAGCUCCCUACAGCCAAGUAGCUGCUGGUGUCCAGAUCCCAGCUCUGGGAUCAUUUUGGUAUAGACUGGAUUUGCAAGACAACUCAUGUGGCAUUUCAAAUGGCAAACCAUAAUUCAUUUUAAUUAAAUAUAAACAAGGAAAAAGGCACAAUGAUUUGUAUUAUUCAAGUAUUUUGCAUAGAUGCACAAAUAUCCUCAAUUGUAAACAAUUAAUAAGUGAAUCAAGGAGACAAGGAUCUAAAUCGUGUAAAAUCUCCCAAAUCAAAAGAAAACUUCACAUAUACCCUAUAGCCUCGACACAUACCAAUAAGCAAAUUCACUCCACAUACACUGUCAACUUCUCCAUCUGUUUCCUCCUUCUCUCUCUCUCUCUCUCUCUCUCUCUCUCUCUCUCUCUCUCUCUCUCUCUCUCACACACACACACACACACACACA